CACCAACGUUCACUUAACGUUCCUUCCAACUUGAUUUCUUUGCAAGCUUGUUUUUUCCCAUCGUAAAAUCCGUAAUCCAAGCUUCUAAAUCAUCAUCGCGUUAAUAAUUCAAUUCGAUUCCAUUUUACAUGCACAUACCUUCAUUAGUUUGAACGUUUCUGUACAGGCCAGACGGCCUCUUCGGCCGUGAACAUGGCCUCAGCAGACCAGACUGCUACCCCGGUUGGCGUUACGACUCUUCCGCCUCGAAAAUUCAAGGCUUCGGAUCUUCCUCUAACAUCUGCUACGCGUUCGGCAAUCGAGGGAUUGGCACACAGCUUCAAGAAAAAGGGUGGUUAUGACGCGAUUCGAAAGCAAGUUUGGGAGAAGUUUGAACAAAGCGAUUAUGAAGCGCAAGUCACUAAAUCCAUUCUCGAAGUCGCCGAACAGGAACUUGAACGCAACCCGGCCCAGCUUUUAAGUCUCGAUCGCCGAAAGGCCGCAGCCCUUAUUGAUGGCGCCCUUGACCGAUCCGGAGUAUACCAGAAAGCCGAUGAACUCCUUGAUCAACUUAUCGAUGUCGAGGCUAUCGAGACGCGCAUGCGCGAACUUCGCGAGGCUGAAAUUGGUGUUGAGGCAGCAAAGGAAGAACAAACUCGCGGAUCCAAGACAGAUGUUGAGUAUGCAGCCGAGUCGGCUCGUAGUUUGGACGAGCGCGAUCGGAUUCGACGCGAAUUACGAGCGAAAGAGGAGCAGAUUAUUGAAGAAAAACGCAAGAUUGAGCGAGAGGAACGUAAGAAACGAGAACGUGAGAGAGAACGCGAAUUAGAAAAAGCCGAGGCCAAGCGAAAAGAAGAGCGAGAUGCUCGGCGACGCGAACGCGAAAAGAAAGAAGCAGAGCGCGAACGUGAACGAGAGAAGGAGAGAGAUGAGCGUCGGAAGGCAAGAGAGCGAGAUCGGGAGAAGGACCAGGAACGUGAGGCUCGACACAGAUCUCGAAGCCGAUCUCGACACCGAUCUCGGGAGAGGUCGCGCCAUCGGGACCGGGAUCGUGACAGAGAUCGAAACCGUGACCGUAGUCAUAGCCGUCGUCGCGACAGCCGAGAGCGCCGACACCGUGAUCGAUCUACCAGAGAUGAUCGAGAUCGGGGAAAGCCUGAGGAACUUAAGAAACAACUUACCAAGGAAGAUCAUGAGAGACUUGAGAAGGAAGCACUUGAAGAUCUCCUACGGGAAAGUAAAAGAGGUACUGCUAAGCAGCCGGAGCUUGAGAUUGACGAAGCCCUUGUGCCGCCUCCUAGAAGGACGAAGCCCGCUUCUGCAAUUCAGCCGAUACGUCGCGACUCGAUCAAGAACUCAGACUCUAAAAAGAUACCCGAGCUUGUGAAGUCCGAAUCUAAAGAUGUCGUGAUGAAAGACGCUAAGGACGCAAAUGAUGCCAAGGACGCCAAGGAUACGAAAGAAUCGAAAGAUGCGAAAGAUACGAAGCCCUCUAAGGAGUCUAAACAAUCCAAGGAGCCUGCUGAGUCUAAAGAGAAAGAGGCGAAGGGUUCGAAAGUUUCCAAGGAUACUAAGGCUAAAGACGACCGACGGCCUAGCUCCGUUUCUUCUCGGCACCAUCGUGACCGAUCGCGUGGCGCUGAUGAUGACCGCAGAUAUCGCGACCGCGACCGUGUUCGAGAGCGCACUCGCUCUCGUGUUAGGUCUGACAGAAAAGAUCGAAGCAGAUCAAAACACCGUUCAGAUCGUCGAGACCGUAGCCGUUCUCGUGACCGUUCCCGUGACCGUGACCGGCCUCUGGAGAGAGAUAGGGACUUCUACCGACCCGGGCAACGAGAUAGGACUCGCUCUCGUGGUCGAUCACACCGCGAUAGGGACGAGAGAAGUCGUUCGCGGGAUAGAUAUAAACCCGAGCACAAGGAACGAAGUCGAUCUACAAAGCGUAGGGAUGACCGAGACAAGCGUGAUAGAACUCGCUCACGUGCUCGUCCUGAACGACGAGAAGAUCGACGCGAAGAUCGACGAGAUAGAUCCCGCUCACCAAAACCCCGAGCGGAAAAAGUUCGCUCGCGCGCGUCUCGAAGUCGAUCUCGUUCCCGGCCAGGGACGUCUAGCAAACCUGAACUCACAGAUGCCGAAGCCUGGAAGCAAGGAGAAAUCAAGAAGCGUGAACAAGAAGCUAAGGCUUAUUUGGCUGCUCAGCGCGAGGCUCGCGAAAAGGGAUUGCCAGUUCCAGGAGUUGAUGAUAAGUGGAGCACAGGAGACCGAUCGCCUGAGAUAAAGAGAUCUCGUGUCCCUGACGAAAUUGACCGGUACAGGCCUGUCGAUCGCGACCGGGAUCGACCAGAUAAGUAUCGGGAACGGGAUCGAGACGAACGCAGGGAUAAAGAUAAGGACCGGGACAGAGAUGAACGGCGAGAACGUCGACGAAGCCGAAGCAGAAGCCCGAGUCGCCGUCGAGAUCGCGACCGAAGUCGUGAUAAAGACAGGAACCUAGAUCACGAACGUCGUAGAUCUCGUGAUCGGUACCGCGGUGAGGGAACCCGAGAUCGAGACCGGGAUCAUGACCGUGACCGCGAUAGGUACCGAGAGCGUGAGCCCGAUCGCGACAAAGAUCGCGACAGAGACAAGGAUAGGCGAAGCCGUCGCGAUAGAAGUACCGAGCCGCGACGAGACAGGGACCGGGAUCGAAGGGACCGAAGUCUCGAUUCGCGCAGGGACAGAAGAGACCGAAGCCUUGACUCUAGGAGAGAUCGCAGAAAUCGAAGCCGCAGCCGUAGUCGACGAAGCCCUCGUUAGGUACGCCAGAACUCACUUCAUCGUCUAGUAUUGCUACGAACCACCAUGCUACAUCGGGACCCCGCCUUGAGUGCCUUGAUUGGCAGGAGACUUGCCUCGGUGCAUGGAGACCGGUAGUAUAAGCGUAUUCAUAAGGAAUCUAGACCGACAGACACGGAUAGCAUUGCGGGGGAGAUUAAGCGUUUGUAUUUGGGGAAUUUUCAGGCCAGAUGGAUAACUAUUUGGCCAUUGCGGACUACAAAAGCUAUACCCUGGAAUUUGGUGGGCGUUAGGAUGAUGUUUAGUUGCUAUCCGGAUCAUAGGCACGACCAAAGUCAUCGGAGGUUAAUUGACAACUAAGAUUUUCUAGAAGGAAUGCUCCAAAAUAGGAGAUAAUAAUGGACACAUUCUACCUUUG